CCUCUGCGCCUUCCCGCUCCCCUGAUCCCGUGCCACCAGAUCCACCGCCGCCGCGCGCGCCCGCGACGUCGGGCGCGACCGCGCGGCGGCAAUGGCCGGCCGCCCCCGCGCGCAGCCGCAGCCGCAGCCGCACUCGUCGUCGGCCGCCACGCGGCGGCGCGAGCGGUGGCUGGUGGUCCUCGGCGUCGCCCUCCACGCCGUGUACAUGCUCAGCAUCUUCGACAUCUACUUCAAGUCCCCCAUCGUGCACGGCAUGGACCCCGAGCCGCCGCGCUUCUCCGCGCCGCCCGCCAGGCGCCUCGUCCUCCUCGUCGCGGACGGGCUCAGGGCGGACAAGUUCUUCGAGCCGGACGAGCGGGGGAGGUACAGGGCGCCGUUCCUGCGCGGGGUGAUCGAAGAGAAGGGCCGGUGGGGGGUCAGCCACGCGCGGCCGCCCACGGAGUCUCGGCCGGGGCACGUCGCCAUCAUCGCCGGCUUCUAUGAAGACCCCAGCGCUGUCACCAAAGGAUGGAAGGCCAAUCCCGUGGAGUUUGAUUCCGUAUUCAAUCGAAGUAGACACACUAUCUCGUUUGGGAGUCCAGAUAUUGUUCCUAUAUUCUGCAGCAGUCUACCUCACAGUACCUGGGGUUCUUAUCCCCAUGAAUAUGAAGACUUUGCGACAGAUGCAUCUUUCCUGGAUCAGUGGUCAUUUGAUCAGUUUCAAGGUCUUCUCAACAGGUCUUUUGAGGAUGCUAAAUUCAGGCAGUUGCUCCUACAGGACAAAUUAGUCAUAUUUCUGCACUUACUGGGUUGUGAUACUAAUGGCCAUGCACAUCGACCGUAUUCAAACAUCUAUCUUAACAAUGUUAAGGUUGUUGAUCAAAUAGCUGAAAGCGUGUACAAUCUGAUGGAAAGCUACUUCAAUGAUAACCAGACUGCUUAUGUUUUUACUGCAGAUCAUGGAAUGAGUGACAAAGGAAGCCAUGGAGAUGGACACCCUUCAAACACUGAUACUCCUCUUGUUGCAUGGGGGGCUGGAAUUAGAAGUCCAAAGUUCUUGGACUAUACAGAUAAACCUGAUGAUGGCUUUCGGUUUGUUGAUGACCACAAACAUGAUAUGCCCACACCACAAGAUUGGGCCCUUGAAGGAUUUGAAAGAGUGGAUGUCAACCAGGCUGAUAUAGCUCCUCUAAUGGCUACACUUGUGGGCCUUCCAUGCCCAUUGAAUUCUGUUGGAAGCUUGCCUACUCAUUAUUUAAAACUAAGCAAGGCUGAUGAAGUUGAAGCAGUUCUGGCCAAUACAAAGCAAAUUCUUAAUCAGUUUCUUCGAAAGUCGCAGAUGAAACAAUCAAGUUCACUUUACUUCAAGCCUUUUAAGCCAUUGGCAAACUAUUCUUCAGUCCUUGAUGAAAUUGAGGAUCUUAUAUCUGCAAGAGACUAUGAAACUGCCAUGACGUAUUCUGAAGAACUCCGAAGUAUGGCUCUUGCUGGUCUCCAUUAUUUUCAAACAUAUGAUUGGUUAAUGUUGAUGACAACAAUUACUCUUGGAUAUAUUGGAUGGAUGGUGAACCUCGCUCUACAUGUGCUACAGUCUUAUACAUCAAUUCCUGCUAAUCUAAAGAGGACUCAGCCAUAUGCUAAGAACACCUCAAUAAAAGUGUACAUAGGUGGAUGCUUGAUCAUGGGGUUUUCAUCCAUUAUACUACUAUUGGAGAAAUCUCCACCUCUUUACCAUGCUUAUGUAUUUAUGACAAUAUUCCUCUGGACAAGAAUUAUACAACAUAUAGAAUUCAUAAAGGCACUAUGGAGAGAAUUAUCUAAUGCGCCAUUCAAGUAUAUCGUGAAUCUCCUGAGUAUUUCAGUUAUUGCGUUAUUCAUACUGGAGUUUCUGGUUAUGAGCUUUUUUGACAGGAAGCUUUAUACUUGGUGCUUUUUGAUCCUCGGAAUACUUGCUUCAACUUAUGUAGCAAUACUAAUACAAACUAGCUCUGCCCUUGCAGUAUACAUAUGGUUUGCAUGCUGGUUCUUGUCUUUAUUCACAUUGAUGCCAGCUGAAAUACCAGAAAACAACAAUUUGGUAAUUUUUAGUGGGGCAUUGAUAAUACUGGUUGCAAUGGCUUCUAGAUGGAUGGCUACAAAUAAUACCAGCUUUUGGCUGUAUCUUACUCGAGCAAAUAAACGGGAUCCUCAAUUCUCGAAGCUAUUUUUUGUUCAGGUUACAUUUGUUGCUAUAUCUUCUAUAAUGGUGUGGCUAUCAACCUCGCAUCGGUCUCGGAACAAAGAACUGCACCCAUUGCACCAGCUGAUCAACUGGUUAACAGCUGGUGUUGCUAUGGUGCUACCACUUUUUUCACCACCCAGUGUUCUCUCUCGUCUUACAUCUAUCUUCUUGGGUUUCGCUCCUCCAUUUCUGUUGCUCUCUAUUGGUUAUGAAGCGGUUUUCUAUAGUGCUUUUGCAAUGGUUCUCAUCGGAUGGAUAUUUGUGGAAUCUGCGAACUUGUAUUGCUCAGAACAAACUGGUCCUGCACACCGUAGUAGCGUUGUGGAGGGCUCAAUAUUUGGCUACGAUGAAAGAUGCUUACACCUAUCUGAUCUACGGAUCCCUUUGUUAUUUCUGAUCUUAUUUAAUGUUGCCUUCUUUGGGACUGGUAAUUUUGCGAGUAUUGCAAGCUUUGAAAUCUCAUCUGUCUACCGGUUCAUUACAAUAUUUAGUCCAUUUCUUAUGGCAGCACUUCUUAUCUUCAAAUUGUUCAUUCCGUUCAUGCUUGUCAUAUGUACAUUUAGUGCCAUAACCAAGAUUAUGCGUAUACCACGACUGGGCUGUUAUUUCCUUGUAAUACUGCUGUCUGAUGUAAUGACGAUUCAUUUCUUUUUCCUGGUCCGGAACACGGGGAGUUGGAUGGAGAUUGGCAAUAGCAUUAGCCAUUUCGGAAUCGUGAGCGCCCAAGUAGUCUUCGUGUUGCUGCUGUUCGCCCUCACAAAUAUAUUCACAAAAGAUAUUGUCGUCUCAUCUAGGCAACUGAACUCAAGGAAAGCGAUGUAAAAUCUGCUACAUUUGUUUAGGGAUUUACUGUACAUUCAGUUUUGUUAGAGCUAACUUUCGGCAUGGUUUUUAUUUUUCUGCCCAAGUUCUGUAACUCAGCUAACUCUUGCAGUUUACAGGUGUUUUUUUUUUUUUUUUGGAUUAGAUUGGUUCUAGCUAUUCUAUUUUACAGUUUCCACACGUAAGAGCAUUAGGAGCAUCUCUAGUAAAAACUUUCUUAUCGGGGUUCACUUCAGCUGUCUGACAGUGUGAAGUCAGUACUCCAGUAGCAUUUUUGUCCGAUAUCUUCCUCGAAUAAGUCCAUUUUCUAUUUUUUUUAAUAUAAUG